AUGUUGCGUCAGGCUCUCUCUACCUCCUCCCGAGUCCUGCGCUCAGCCCCGCGCUUGACAGCCAGCCAGCCGGCGCUACGGACUCGAUUCCAGCCAGCCCCUGCGGCGUGGUCAUUAAGAACGACCCAGCCAGCUGUCGCGAGGUGGUAUAGCGAUGCCAAGGAGGCUCCCGCAGAGGGAGACGAAGCCGAGGCCAAGGACGAUGCCGGGGAGCCGGAUGCUGUGGCUGAGCUGAAGAAGUCUUUAGAGGCAAAGGAUGCUGAAGCUCGUGACUGGAAGCUUGAGCAGGAUAAAUGCAUGCGCACCGUUGCCGACUUCCGCAACCUGCAAGACCGCACCCAGCGCGAGGUCAAGACGGCUCGAGAAUUCGCCAUUCAAAAGUUCGCCAAGGACCUCGUCGAGAGCGUCGACAACCUGGACCGCGCCUUGACCAUGGUCCCGCCUGAGAAGCUCACUGCCAAGGACGAAGGCUCCCAGGACCUCGUCAACCUGUACGACGGCCUCAAGAUGACUGAGAACAUCCUUAUGCAGACUCUUGCCAAGCACGGCCUGGAGCGGCUAGACCCUGAAGGCGACAAGUUCAACCCCAACGAGCACGAGGCCACCUUUAUGGCUCCCCAGCCCGACAAGGAGAACAACCUCGUCUUCCACGUGCAGCAGAAAGGCUUCAAGCUCAACGGCCGGGUUUUGCGCGCCGCCAAGGUCGGCGUCGUCAAGAACGCUUGA